GAGCGCUCUCUGACCGAGCCUCCCGCAGGCCAGGCGGGCGCGGGGAGUUCUGGCGGGAGCGAGUUGCGGCGGCUCUUCUCGGGCGCAGAAGCCCCGAGGAAGCGGAGCCCCCUUCGCCCCCCGGAAGGCGGGGAGGGGCCGGGGGCGUCGAGGGCUCCGGGGGCUGGGAAAGCGCUGCCCGGUUGGGCCCGGAAGGGGCUCCGCGCCGCUCCGGAAGGUGGAAGUCCGAGAGGGCGGCGCGGGGCCUGCCGAGGCGUCUCCGGGGCGGGUGGGCUGCUAGGGACGGGGGCGGCCUCGCGGAGCGCUCCCCCGAGGCGGAGGGCGAGAUGGCGGCCCGGAGGGAUCCCCCGCGGCUGGGGGCGGCGGCAGGGCCCGCCGAGGGCGGCCUCGGCCCGGGGGCCCGGCGCUGGCGCCUGCGGCGCUUCCGCUGCCCGGGGGCCCGGGGGCCCCGGGAGCUGUGCAGCCGCCUGCACCAGCUGUGCCGCCAGUGGCUGCGGCCGGAGCGGAGCAGCAAGGCGGAGAUGCUGGACCGGGUGGUGCUGGAGCAGUUCCUGGCCCUGCUGCCCGCGGAGAUGGCGCGCUGGGUGGGCGAGUGCGGAGCGGAGAGCUGCUCGCAGGCGGUGGCCCUGGCCGAGGGCUUCCUGCUGAGCCAGGCGGCGGGCGACGCGCUGGGAACGCAGCAGGUGCAGGAGCCAUUCAUGGGGGAGAUCUCAGCAGAGCUCCAGGAAAGAGGAGAUCGAUCCAGUCCUUCUAAGGAGCUGCUUUUCAGGAGGAUCCAACUGGGGCCACCUCACCAGGGCUCUGGUUCCUUUGAGGAAAUAGCUGUGGACUUCACGGAGGAGGAGUGGGCACUGCUGGAUUCUGGCCAGAGGGCCUUGUGCAGGGAAGUCAUGCUGGAGGUUUCUAGGAAUUUUGCCACUCUGGCAGGUGAUGGGCCAGAGAAUGAGAAUGACAAGCAGGCCAGGUUAAUGCCACUGAAAAUUGUGAAGCAUGAAGUAGAAGAAACGAUGUUUCACCACCAAGGGGAUCCAAAAAGGCAAGAGAGAAGCAAGUCAGAAGAUGGAGGGGAGAAGUCCUCCACUUCUCUCCCUGUUGAAAUCCAUGGCCUCCUGACUCAGCAAGAUCAGAAAGGGAAGAGAAAGAGAAAAUAUGGCAAAAGAGAGAAAAAUGAAUUUGAUUUACAUGAAUAUGGCAGAAGCCAGAGUAAAGGAAAACAGUUUCGCUCCAGACAGUAUGGAAAAUACGUCAAUCAUUUCUUCUCUCUUGCUUUGCCUACAAAACUGUAUAGGAAACACAAACCACAUACCUUUGUAAAAUUUGGGAAGGGUUUCAGUGUGAGCAGAAAGAUGAAACUAUGCAUGAAGUGUGGAAAGAGCUUCAGUAGCAAGAGUAAUCUUAAUCGCCAUCAGAGGAUCCACACAGGGGAAAAACCAUAUAAAUGCACGGAGUGUGGAAAGCACUUUACUCAGAAAGGUCAUCUUACUCAUCAUGAAAGAAUCCACACAGGGGAGAAACCAUAUAAAUGCACAGAGUGUGGAAAGAGCUUUGCUCAGAAAGGACAACUUAAUUCUCAUAGAAGGAUCCACACAAGGAAGAAACCACAUAAAUGCACAGAGUGUGGAAAGAACAUUAUGGACAACAGAGACCAUACUUGCCACGAAAGGAUCCACACAGAGCAGAGUCCAUAUAAAUGCAUGGAGUGUGAGAAGAGCUUUAUUGACUAUAGCACCUAUACUCAUCAUGAAAGAAUUCACACUGGGGAGAGACCAUAUAAAUGCUUGGACUGUGGAAAGGGAUUUACUCAGAAAGGACAUCUUACUCGUCAUGAAAGGAUCCACACGGGGGAGAAACCAUAUAAAUGCCUGGAGUGUGGAAAGAGCUUUGCUGAGGAAGGACGACUUAAUUCUCAUCAAAGGAUCCACACAGGGGAGAGACCAUAUAAAUGCCUGGAGUGUGGAAAAAGCUUUACUCAGAAAGAACAUCUUACUUGUCAUGAAAGGAUCCACACAGGGGAGAAACCUUAUAAAUGCACAGUGUGUGGAAAGGGCUUCAGUAGAAAUUCUUAUCUAACUCGCCAUCAGAGGAUCCACACAGGUGAGAAACCAUAUUGUUGCAGGGAGUGUGGAAAGAGAUUCAUUGAGAAUAGAGAACUUACUUCCCAUCAAAGGAUCCACACAGGUGAGAGACCAUAUAAAUGCCUGGAGUGUGGAAAGGGCUUUUUUGGGAACAAAGACCUUACUCGUCAUCAAAGGAUCCACACAGAGGAUAAACCGUAUAAAUGCCUGGAGUGUGGAAAGAGCUUUACUGAGAAAGGAAAACUUAAUUCUCAUAAAAGUAUCCAUACAGGAGAGAGACCAUAUAAAUGCCUGGAGUGUGGAAAGGGCUUUACUCAGAAAGGAAAACUUAAUUCUCAUAGAAGGAUCCACACAGGAGAGGGACCAUAUAAGUGCAUGGAGUGUGGAGAAAGCUUUAUUGACAACAGAGACCUUACUCGCCACCAAAGGAUCCACACAGGAGAGGGACCUUAUCAAUGCACAGAGUGUGAAAAAAGCUUUAAUGACUACAGGAGCUUUAUUUGCCAUAAGGGAAUCCACAUUGGAGAAAAAUAUAAAUGCAUGGAAUGUGGAACAGUCUUUAUUGAGAAUAGUGCACUUACUUCUCAUCAAAGGAUGCACAUAGGAGGAACCAUAUAAAUCCAUGGAAUGAGCUGAAUUUGAAACAUUCAACUCAUUCAUCAUCUAAGGAUCUGGACAUGGGAGGAAGUUUAUUAUUGCAUGGAACUUGCAAAGAUCUUUGGUUUGUAUAUACGGUUUGGGGGGAGA